UACUCAGACGAAAUACAGAAAGCCUAAUUUCGCCCAAGCAGAGAUGUGUUUAUUCGAUUCGCUACAGCAAAAGCGAUGCACGGAUGGAUGGUAUGUAGCUAGCAGAAGCUCACUUUUUCUAAUUAUUAAAUGAAUGGUCGGAUCGGCACAAGUGCUGCACACAUGAACAGUAUUGAUCAACUGUGCCUGUGGCAGGAAAACAUCGGAAUUUGCAAUACCUGAUUCCGCUUUAGCAGCAGUCUAGCAAGCAAGCGUGCUCAAGUGUUACACUAAAUGGAUUCUGAAGCCUUGGUGUGCCUACUAUCUUGACGUCCUUCAAGGCACAUUUUCUUUCGAUCCGUUCACUAUAAAAUCGAGAGACGAGCAGUCGCUGAAACCCAGCCUGUACCCGGCGUCUCUCACACAGUCGUAGAACAUGAGGUUACUCACGUCUCAGAUGAUUUUCGCCGCCUGUGUCGUCUCUGCACACGCCCUGAGCGCUCCUCCGCUGCCCAACUCUGUGACUGACGACUGUCCGACAGCUCACGUGGUUUCUUCGACUACGAUUUCCGUUGAUGGCCAAGAGAUCCUGCGGGAGUCGUUCGUUUGUCCCGAUGGCAAAUUCGCGAAUCAUGCGAUGUCCGGAUCCGGGGAAAAUGUAACCGCAAAUCGAUCAACACUCGAAGCACGAGAAGAAAUCGAGUGCAUGUUUCCGCAGAAUAUGCCAGCAGUAUGCCAAUGUGGGGCACAAUGUAAAUCAUUUGAACGAUUCCUAUACCAUACUGAACUCUACUAAACCAACCUAUAUAAUAGUUACAUGCGGAUGCUUUGUGGGAACCAACGCACCGGAAGAGUUUGAUUGUACUUCGCUAUUAAACGCUGUCACUGCGGCAAAUGAGGGAGAGCCGACUUUCACUGUCGAACCAAACGGGAUUGAGGUCGUUACCCUGAGAACCUGCUCGCUUGUGUUUACGAACAUGCAGAGUACCUCUGUAGAAUACUGUUGGGAUAACCUUGUCAGUCUAUCUUUUUCAUUCUACAAUGGAUGAAGCUAAUGCCACGAUCAACGCUUCUAUGAUGUUUCGUUAAUAUUGUUCUCGUACAGAACUUCAUCGGAGAGCGGGCAUGGAGUCAGUGCGUUUUCGAUGAGUCGGACGGUGUCGUGGGCGGAUUGUGUAAAGCAGGAAACGGUCAGUAUACUGU